GGCAUUGUAACCAAGAUGGUGGUCGUUGGAUGUCGAACGCCUUGAACGUAAUCGCGUAUCCCAAGUGGAGGAAACACAGCUUUUUGGAUCAUGGUGGGUCAUGGAGAGGAGUGAGUGGGAGUCAGGUCAUGUGUGCGGGUUUUUUUGCGUUUACAUUAACCUAAAAAGCAAAAGAUAGCAAAUAUUUUCGAUUUUAUCUUACAACCAGAGAAUUAAAGAACAAACCUCAUUGUAACCAUUCUUAAAUUGGUGAAUCUGAGUUUUAAACUUUUUCGAAACAUCGCAAAAAUCUCUUCUUAAGUGUUUUCCCAUGUUUAAAAAAUUCUAGCUUAUAUAUAGGCUAUUUCGUAUUUUUGAUCGCGCAAUAAUGAAUUAAAGUGAGUAAACUCAAUUUGAACCCACAAAAAUGAGUGGUUCAGAAGCCGAAGAUGUCCAGAAAACCAUCGGACCUGUGGAAAAUGCUUGGUCAUUAAAAGUACCAACUUUCAAACCAGAGGACAAUCCACAUCGGCUCCUGGAAGAAAGUUCCUUCGCCACCCUUUUUCCUAAAUAUAGAGAGCACUAUUUGAAGCAAUGUUGGCCCUUAGUACAAAAAGCUCUAAACGAACAUUCCAUCAAGGCGGAAUUGGAUCUCAUAGAGGGUAGCAUGACUGUUCGUACAACAAGAAAAACGUGGGAUCCUUACAUUAUUGUGAAAGCUCGGGACAUGAUAAAACUCAUAGCUCGCUCUGUACCCUUUGAACAAGCCGUGAAAGUUCUUCAGGACGAUCGGGGUUCGGAUAUCAUAAAGAUUUCUUCUUUAGUUAGAAACAAGGAAAAAUUUGUUAAAAGGCGUCAGAGGCUCAUCGGACCGAAUGGAUGUACAUUAAAAUCAAUGGAAUUGCUCACAGACUGUUACAUUCUGGUUCAAGGCAAUACAGUUUCUGCUGUUGGUCCAUACAAAGGUUUGCAGCAGGUGAGACGCAUCGUUGAAGAUAACAUGAAAAAUGUUACUCAUCCUAUUUACAAUAUCAAAUCUCUCUUCAUUAAACGAGAAUUGGCUAAGAAUCCGGCAUUGAAGAAUGAGAACUGGGAGAAAUAUUUGCCAAAGUUCGCAACUAAGAAUAUAAGCAAAAGGAAGCAAUCAAAGACGAAGAAGAUCAAGCAACCAUACACGCCGUUCCCGCCACCUCAGCAAGAAAGUAAGUUAGAUAAAGAAUUGGCUUCUGGAGAGUUCUUCCUUAAAGAUGAGCAGAAGAGGGCUAGAAAAAGGAAGGAAUUGGAAACAAGGCAUGAAGAGGCUACGAAGAAGAGAGAGGAGAGAAGAGCUCAAGCGUUCGUACCUCCAAAGGAGGCUACAACGAGUACAGUUGAGAAGAAAAGUGAUUUUAAACUCAAUCAAUUUAAAAAUAAAAUGAAGAAAGGACUCAAAAAUCAAAAAAAGUCGUCGUUUCCAGGUACAAAAGAAUGUUGAAAAUAUCCUCUAAUAUGUGCGAGAUUACAGAUUGAUAAUGAUUAUACAGAUAAAUUCAGUUUGUAUAUUAUGGUUUUAAAUUGAAUUAUAUAUGAGUAACUAUUUUCUUUAUCAGGUUAUUA